AUGCGCUUCGCAGUUCACUUCAGCCAUCGGAGUCCGACCACCUCUUCGCUGUCCGACGAUGACAGCAGCCAUCCUGCGUGGGAAAGGUUGCUGGAGGGUUCAGGGAUUAAUACGAAGAGGCAGCCUUCGACCGGCUUCAUUGGCCCGACGUCAGCCCCCACGGCUGACGUCAAACCGGACGUCAGAGAACUUAUAAGCGCACACAAAACAUCCCGAUGUGUUCUGCACCUGUGCGGCAUCGGCUUUGAGCUGGUCGCCCAGCUGAUGGCCAAAGCCUCCUAUCAUGUGCUCCUGGGCGCCCGGUCUCAUGAGAAAGGCCAUGCGGCCGUGCAAGCCCUGCGCUCGCGAGGCCUCCCGGGGUCCGUGGAGAUGCUCCACAUCGACGUGACUGAUGACUCUGUGAUUGAGUCCGCUGUCCGGAGCGUGGAGCAAUCCUUCGGGUACCUCGACGUUCUGGUCAACAAUGCCGCCGUCUCGGCCAUGACCCUGCCGCGCCUGCGAGACCAGAUGCGGGAUGCGUUCGAUACGAAUGCCACCGGGCCUGCGGUAGUGACGAGCGUAUUUGCACCGCUCCUGCAGCGCUCCACGGCCGCAUCGCGGCGCAUUAUCAAUAUUACUAGCGGUGCGGGUUCCAUUGCACGGCGGCUGGACCCCUCCUCACCAAUCUAUAAGGUCCAGCAAGUGCAGUACCGUGCGAGCAAGGCGGCGUUACAUAUGGUGACAGCUUGUCAGGUCGCGGAGUAUGAGCCCCAAGGCAUCAAGGUAUUUCUCUAUGACCCAGGGUUUACCCAGAGCAAUCUCGGACCUCACAAUACGGCGGCAAACGGGGCAAGGACCGCGGAAGACUCGGUUCGGCCCUUGAUGGCGGUGUUGGAAGGGGAGAGGGAUCACGAGUCGGGUCAGAUAUUGCAUAAUACUGGUGUCUAUCCCUGGUAG